AUGGACAACCGAUCUGUUUGGCCAACGACAAAAGAUGAGGGCGUUAUUGUCGGUGUGACGGCAUUUGGGCUUUACGCCGAGACCCAUGAUUUCAACGCGUCCAAUAUGGUCCUUGCUGCGUUGCCGCCAAUCAUCACAACUCGAAAGAACCCUGCUAAGAAGGUUUACAUACUCAAAUACCCAGAGAUUCAUGUAACAUAUGGCUCUGUCUCCCAAGCAGUGCAAGAUAUCUGGAACCCAAAAUCGGCAGCGUGGUCCAUGUCGGCAGCAGCCGCUGAUAUCGAGUACGAUGAUGCUGAUGCCUUGAAAGUCAAUUUUGUUAUUCACCUUGGUCAGAUGCGCAGCUUUCCGGGCUACUCAUUUGAAAAGCUUGCAAACAGAGAUGGGUACCUAAGAAGGGACCUGGACAACCAGCUCCCCGCAAUCAUCAAGAAUGCGACAGGGGAUUCGGUUGAGGAGCAGUUCACCUCUUGCCCAACUAUUCUUAAGCCUGAUAUCGACGUGGAAGUUGUCACAACCGAGGUCAAGACGCGCAUGCCGAACACUCUCAUUCGACGUGCGGAAAGUCAGCUCUUUGACCUCAGCAACAGCAAAUUCCCAGUCGAUAAUGGCAGUGAUGUUGCAAUCCUCGUCAACUAG